CAACAAACCAAGCGAUCAAACUAUAGGAACGUAGGUAAGUAAUGAUUCGGAUGAGUAUGUUUUCCCAUACAUUCUUCAAAAUGCCUUCAAUGGUUCCUGUGCCAGCUAUAGCCUCUGUAAUAUGUUCCAUGAAGAGCUCAGUUCAAACCGUCUUUGCGAUCCCUGAGCUCCUGGAACUUAUCCUCCUUCAACUACCAUUCCUCGAUCUUGUUCGAGCUCAAAUGAUCAGCCAGAGCUUUUACAACGUUAUAGACUCCUCAAACUUACUCCAACAAGCUUUGUUCUUUCGUGCAUCACCAGCUACAUCAUUCCCACGACCCAAUCCUCUCCUCCAACCUUGUCACAACGCGCAGUUCCUAGACCUACGAUCAACUCAAACCCAGUGCAGAUAUUUGCAUAAUCCACGCGGUCGUAGAAUGGUAGAUUGGAGUAAAUGGCCUGCUGUAGAGUGCCGUGAAGGCUUCAAAUUAGAUGUCAAACCUGCAAAUGAGGCGGUCAGAAGGAAAGAGGCUACUUGGAGACGUAUGUUGAUUGUUCAACCUCCCAUUUCUGAACUAGAAGUGAGUGGCUCGCCACGGCGGAAAGUCAAGGAUCAGUUUGGUGUAACAAUGGAUGAUUUGGGAAGCCCAUUGGGUAAACUAAGAUGUGCGGAUUUUGAGAUCUUUACAAAUGGGAAGUCCCGUAUGAUUGUCGAGAAACAAAUGAGACGCAUGGCGCAUUGAGAGUUAGGCGCUUCUCGAGUCUCAUGUUGUGUAGACUAUACAGGAGAUGUCAGCUUCGAUACUACCUGUCAUUGGUUCUGUUUAGGAAGUGUUCAAAAGGGGCCCUGUUAGAUGGUUGAACUUUAACAGCUUCAAUGG